AUGUCAGCACCGCAAAAAGGACAACUCAACCCUUUCAAUCUCCCGUCUCAGAGAAAAGGAAGGCUUGGAACCUACACAAUAGUUCAAGUACCCAAGCUUCAAACCAGUGCCGUCUACUUCUUAUCGGCCACAACCAGACUGCUGAGCUCUCAGGUCAACAUGAAAGUCACCAACUUCAAGACCACCAAAUAUAAACAUCCACAUCAAGACCAUCAAACAUCAAGACCAUCAAACAUCAAGACCAUCAAACAUCAAGACCAUCAAACAUCAAGACCAUCAAACAUCAAGACCAUCAAACAUCAAGACCAUCAAACAUCAAGACCAUCAAACAUCAAGACCAUCAAACAUCAAGACCAUCAAACAUCAAGACCAUCAAACAUCAAGACCAUCAAACAUCAAGACCAUCAAACAUCAAGACCAUCAAACAUCAAGACCAUCAAACAUCAAGACCAUCAAACAUCAAGACCAUCAAACAUCAAGACCAUCAAACAUCAAGACCAUCACCAAUGCCAUCAGCAAGAUCAAUAA